UUCCAACAAUCAGAUCCACUCGUGUAGAAUCAUGAUAAAAGUGGACGGGAAAGAGAGGGAAUAGAAAGUAUUAGGUGUCAUAUCUAUGGAGGGCUAGAGAAGUCAUAUCCUGAUCAACAUAUUUCCGGCCGAAAUUCCUGGGCAGGAAUACCACGGUGGAUUCGAGCACGUUAAAUAGUAAUACGACGAAUGUUCUUGGACAGUACUAACCUCGGUAUUAACGUAAGGUCAAACGAAUUGACUUUCAUUCUCUAUGGUAACCUGCAGCUCAUACUUUAUUCAUUCAUUCACUACUAGCGGAGCGUGUCGCAAUUAGACGCGUUACAGAACAAUUCGACUGUCGCGUUCGGUAACCAUCGUAACACUUAAUUAAACCCGAGAGAUAUGUGAUAUUGGAUUUGCGGUUACUAAUCCCUCGGCGAGACUCCAGUGAGUUACUGGUAGAGAAUGAAUCGCUCCGUUUCAGUAACGAAGAAUAAAAAGGAAGGGGCAUCACGGCUGUGCAAAAUGAAUAAUCCAGUAGCAAACGCUGGAUGGUGUCGGUUCGGUCAGCGGUGUCGAUUUCGGCGCUGGAAUUGCUAUUACAAAUUAUUUUAUCAGUACGAACAUACCAUGCAUUUGUGUAAACUAUAACUAUAAAAAUGAAAGAGACUAGAGAUCUACAGGUCUGGAUAUGUAUAGUCGCAAUAGCAAAUUAUUUGCAGCCACUCGAAAAAAACGACAUAUAGAAACAAACAAUCUAGGGGGCAAUUAUCACGAACUACAGCACAUUCGUUCGAAAUAUCUUUGUAUUCCGAAUCUGUGUUAAGUCGGAUAAAAGGCUUAGAAUUGUUCGAGACGGGGAGAAGAUUUUGUAAUUAUAAAUUUAUUCCAUCGGUAAUACAUAGAUUUGAUAUCGAAGAAUGACGAUAGUUCGUACAUCAGCUCUCUUCAUUUCUUGUAACUCGAAUUCCGCCGUUAUCUUAUCUGAUUUUAUUAGCUAUUGUUCUUUACGUGUAGUUCAUCCACAGACAUACUUCUUUGGACACUCGAGCCGCGGGGGAGACUUAUUUUGGAAGUGUGAGAGCGCCUACACUCGAGAAUUUACAAUUAGACGAGAAUGUCAAAUAUCAAAUUUAAUCGGACUGUACAACGCCCACGGAUUUGACUAAUUCGGAAUAGAGGCACUUGUGAAACCGACGCAACCAUCUACGGUCAUUUCAAAUAAGUCUACUAAUAUUUAUACCGUAUCGUAAUACUAUGUAAUGUAAUUCGUAUCUUAUUGUCAUAGAUUUAAAACGUACAGAGCGGGGAAGAAUGAUCGACAGGUUCUUUUUUCAACCCGUUGCGGUUUGAACGCGCUUCCGUUAUAUUCUCCCGUGCAUAAAAUGAAAUAUUACCAGCAUUAUUAUACAGAAAAAAAACGUGCUUCUCCCUACAAUAUCCGUCUCAAGCGCAUUCGCUGAUUUAUGAACAAAUGUCAUCAUGUGGUCAGAAUGAACCUGUCUCGUCUGGUUGGUACAUUCGCCUGAAACCAAUGUUUCCAAUCAUUAUUGCGGAGCUACCGUUUUCCCGUUCCCCGAAAAGCGCUGCAAGUUACCGAAGAAUUUUUCACCAUGCAGCGAUUGAAUAGAAUUCAUCAAUGUCCUCCAAACUCUGCUUAUUAACUUUUGCCAAUCUUAAAUGACAAAAGUGGAUGGCUUCCAGUUCAUAUUACAUCCUCGUAUGAGAAUAUUACAUAUCGAGUUUGCCGACCAAUCGUUGGGAAUACCGAUGAAAAUUCAUGCGGCGUCGCGCAUCCGAUUGUUCUGCUUAAUUUAUCAUCACCUUUUUCGGACGGCCGCGGCCGAGAACUGGAAUCCAACAGCGCCUACGCCAGUUACGACUAUGUCGUUAUUUAGGAGCAGUCUGAUCAAUUGUCUCGUCAGUUCGCGGCACUGAUGUCUGUACUGGAUAUUAAUUUUUUGUCUUGAAAUAUAUUCUCAUAGGUGACGCACUUUGAGUAAGGAACGACUUCGUGGGAAAUAUACUCCCGUCAUAUCUCUGAAAGGAAACUAUGGGAGGGAUGACACAAAGGCCAUGGACUCCCACGAAAAGGAGGGGGCCGAUCGCCGCGGAAUACAACAGUCCUGGACCAGCUUGCGUCACUUUACCACCUCUUAUAGGGAAAACCGCUACAGAUUCCAAGAGAGGUAGAGCACCAGCUUUCUCCUUUGGCAGCAGACACGCCGACAAGAAUAACAGUCCAGGGCCGGGCCCCGGUCAAUACAACGUUUCUGGUCUCAGUGCGAAAGGAAAAGACGGAGCACCCGCCGCCUCUUUACACGGACGUACGAAAAAUGGCAAAACUGAACAAACCCCAGCACCGGGUGACUAUAAUCCGGAAAAAGCCGAAAAAGUUGUUCUGGAUAGCUCACCGAAAUAUUCAUUCGGCGUUAAAACACAAACAGAAAAGCCAAGUACUACGCCAGCUCCGAGUGAAUAUCAUCCAGAGAACUUCAACCUGGAUAAAACCCCGCGGUACAGCUUUGGCGCGAAGGUUCAACUUGAGAGGCAUAGUGAUAUCCCCGCACCGGGAACCUACAGCCCAGAGAGGGUGAAUCUGGAUAAAGGACCUUGUUAUAGCUUGAGUGGAAAAGGUUUUGUUGAGAAACCAAAUAACUUUCCAGCACCAGGUACAUACAGCCCAGAAAGAGUAAUUCUCAACAAAGGCCCACAAUACUCAUUGAGCGGUAAAGGCACUCCAGAAAAACCAAGUAACACACCUGCACCUGGAACAUACAGUCCAGAAAAAGUAAAUUUGGAUAAAGGGCCACAGUUUACAUUGGGAGGAAAAGGGGCAAUUGAAAAAAUAAGCGAUACACCGGCACCUGGCGCGUACAGUCCGGAAAAAGUAAAUCUGGAUAAGGGUCCGCAAUACUCUUUAGGUGGGAAAGGCGCUACAGAAAAAUUGAGCGAUACACCCGCCCCUGGAACGUACAGUCCGGAAAAAGUGAAUUUGGAUAGGGGACCACAAUAUUCUCUGAGUGGAAAGGGUGCCCCGAAAAAAGUUGGAGAUACACCUGCACCUGGAACAUACAGUCCGGAAAAAGUAAACUUGGACAAAGGGCCACAGUAUUCGCUGAGCGGUAGAGGUAUUACGGAAAAGCUGAGCGACACACCUGCACCAGGGACUUACAGUCCAGAAAAAGCAAACCUAUUUCAAGGCCCGCGGUACAGUUUAGGUGGAAAAGGAUCACUGGAAAGGAUAAGUGAUAAUCCAGCACCCGGCAGUUAUUUUCCGGAAAAAUCGAACUUGGCUAACGCACCAUGUUAUAGUUUCGGGCAUAGGACACCGAUGGAUAAACCCAGUGAUACCCCAGCACCCGGAACCUAUAGCCCGGAGAAAGUAAACCUUGAUAAAGGGCCGUUGUACAGUCUAAGUGGCAAAGGUGCAUCUGAGAAGCCAAACGACUUACCGGCACCCGGCACAUAUUCUCCAAAAAAAUCGAACUUUGCAAAAACACCAGAAUUCAGUUUUGGGCACAGAACACCUCUGGAUAGACCAAACGAUACACCAGCUCCUGGAACUUACUGCCCAGAAAAGGUGAAUCUAGACCAAGGUCCCCGGUAUAGUCUAACCGGAAAGGGUGCACCUGAUAAAGAGAAUCACAACCCUGCACCUGGUACAUACUCUCCCGAAAAAUCAAAUCUUGACAAGGCUCCGCAUUAUAGUUUUGGACAUAGAACACCUCUAGAAAAGCAAAGUGAUAAUCCCGCACCUGGAACUUAUAGCCCUGAGAAGGUGAACCCGGACAAAGGUCCGGAAUACAGUAUAACGGGGAAGGGGGCAUCCGAAAAGCCUAACGAUUUUCCAGGACCAGGUGCAUACCACCCUGAAAAGGCUAAUCUGAAGCAUGAACCUUAUGCUUUAGUCAUAGAUCUGCAUUGGUCAAACCUAGUACUACACCAGUCGGAUAGAUAUUCGGAUAAUCAAUCAAGUGCACGUAUUCUUCAGUUUGUUGCUUGUCGAGCACCCGGCACUUACAGCCCGGAAAAAUUCAAUAUGGAGCAAGCUCCGCAGUAUAGUUUUGGACACCGUACCCCUUUUAUCAAGCCGAGCGAUACCCCAGCUCCCGGUUGGUAUAGUCCUGAAAAGGUGAACCUUAAUAAGGGUCCCCAAUACAGUAUAAGUGGAAAAGGGCCAUCUGAGAAGCUGACCGAUGUUCCAGCACCUGGAACAUACAGUCCUGAAAAAGUGAACACUGGUAAAGCACCGCAAUAUAGUUUUGGCCUGAAAGUCGAAUCUAACAAGCCCAAUGAUGUUCCAGGACCUGGUGAAUACAGUCCAGAGAAAGCUAUGAUCCUUUUCGAAAGAGCUUUACAAUUUACUUUUGGAUUGAGACCGCCCAUCAACAAUCACAAUGAAACUCCAGCACCCAAUGUUUAUAACAUUCCAUCGGUCCUUGGAACUACGAAAGAGGGCAAUAAGAAGACUGCCCCAGCUUACUCCAUCUCAGGGAGGCAGCGUGUUUUCACCGAUGACAGAAUUCUAGUCCCGGGGCCUGGUACGUACGAAGCUAUCAAAGCUGAUGCAGUCAGAGCAAAGAGUCCGGCGUACAGCAUAAGUGCUCGUUUCCAAAUUCCUGAUGAUCACUCUAAGAUUCCUGGUCCAGGAGCGCAUUGUCCAGAAAAGGUACAACUAGACAUUCCUCCGGCGCACACUUUUGGAAUCAGACACUCUCCGUAUAUCUGCAACUUGAAGGACACCGUUUGCUAACUGUAUAUUUAUUCAACUUAUUCCAUUAUCUCGCUUUCAUUUGUUAAAUACUUGGAUAAUUAGUUAUGAAAUACGUAUUUACUAAUUGACUUAUUAGUGGCCUCUUCUUUUUUCAAUACAAAGAAUACUAACUAACAGCUAUUUUCGAAUGAUCGAAGGAAGAAUAUAGACAAUCACGAGGCUUAUCAUGUCAUCGGUAGAUCUGAAACGGCAUUUUAUAUUCUAUUAGAAAUAAAAGUAAUUCAACUUUUCAA